AUGCUUAAACUUGCAGCUGCACACAUACGAGAGCGAAAGAGUACGAAACCCCUGGUCUGGGUGGACAUUGGAGGAGGAACAGGAUGGAACAUCGAAACAAUGGACGCCUACUUGCCCAUCAAACAAUUCGACGCCAUCUACCUCGUCGAUCUAUGCGAACCGCUCCUCCAAAUCGCGCGCAAACGCUUUGCGACCAAAGGUUGGACCAACGUCCACAUCAUCCAUUCCGACGCAUGCACUUUCCGUCUCCCCGACGAUCAGUCGGCGUUGAUCGGCUCGGUCUCGCUCGUCACGCUCUCGUAUUCGCUCUCGAUGAUCCCGACCUACCACCGUUUACUCGACCGCGUCGAUCGGAUGUUGGAUCCGACUGGACUGUGUGCGGGGUUGCAUGAAGAGUCGAUUGGGGGUGUGGGCAAGGUGGUUGGAUGGCUGGGACAUUGGUUUUGGCAAAUGUGGUUUGAUCUGGAUCAUGUUGAUCUUUCGCCCGGUCGGAGAGAUUACUUGCAGUACAAGUUUGGGACGGUCAAGAUUCUGAACGGAAGGAACGGGAUGUUUUUGCCUUGGUUUAUUCAGAUGUAUUCCGUACUAUGUCUGGCUGGAUGUUCUCGUUCUGUCAACGUCUCGGCGGCGCUCGAGGCCUUUGAAACCGACUCUGGAAAUUCGGUUGGGAACUACUCGCCUAAAUCGGUUGCUUCGACAAGUGGUUUGAAGAGGGUCGCUUCCGUUAUUAAGCUUGGAGAAGACGGGAAUGAUUCAGAGGUAGAAGCCGAUACCCAGUUGGAACAAGUCGUACCUCCGACCAUGGCGCCUUCCAUAUUACACCACGCGGUGCACAAUGAAUUUAGGACGUUCAUCUAUGCGUUUACAUGGGAAGACCCGAUGGAGGAUAUGAACCAUCUCGAACUCACAAAGGAUAGCUCGAUCUUGUGUAUAUCCAGUGCAGGCGACAAUGCGUUACACUAUGCUAUUGCUGCCGGACCGAGGAGAUACAUUGUCUCUACGUACCCUUUCUCAUCCGACGUUCUUCGACAUGUUCGGUUCUGGAAAACUACCCGAUUUCAAACAUAUUCUCGAUGGGAGCUUUCUCCAUGGCUCUCGAGCGCUGCGUACCAAUUUUGGAAACAGAACCAAAGCGCGUUUGACAAGUCGUUUUAUCGAAGAGGGUAUAGUGGUUGGGCGCUGCGGAUCACGCAGUGGGUCCUUGCUCUGGGGGGUGUUUUGGAAGAUGCCAAGAGGAUGUGCGAUGUUGAUACGAUUGAGGAGCAGGCUCGUAUCUGGCGCGAAAAAUUGAGGCCAGUACUACUCAGUAACUGGUUCGUCAAACUGGUUCUCAACAAUCCGGCGUUCUUGUGGAAUGCACUGGGGGUACCGUUGGCUCAACGUCGGGCCUUUUUGAAUGAAGGGAGCUGCUACGAGUUUGCGAGGGAUACCUUGGAUCCGAUCGCUGGCACUGCGUUGUUGAAGACUGGGGCCUACCAUUACCUUUUAUGUUUACUGGGGAGAUAUGCUCCCACUUCAUGUCCUGCGUACUUGACUCGACAAGGUUUCGACAAGUUACGGGAAAAUAAUUUCGAGAGACUUGAAAGUUUUAGGUUGCACACGAGUCUAUCACCAAGCCAACUAACACACGCGGUCAUAAUGGAUCACCUUGACUGGUUUGACCCGGGUGCAAAAGAAGUAGAAGAAGAAGUCGCGCAACUCCGGCGCGUGCUGUUACCAGGCAAUGCCGUCUUUUGGAGAUCAGCGGCGAGAAAGCCGUGGUACUGUGAGGUAUUCGAGCGGAACGGGUUUUCGUUGACGCCUUUAGGGGUUAGAACUGGGCCGGAGAGAGCCAUCGACCGAGUCAAUAUGUAUGCAUCGUUUUGGAAGGCGUAA